AUGGAGCGGCUUGAAAAUCAAGCGAGUUCUCUCACUCGAGAGAAGGGUGUGCUAGCGAGUGAGUUGGCCAGCGGGAUCCAAGGUGUUUGUAAAGAGUGUGAGGCCCUUGGGUUUGAAAAUGGGAAACAACUAGGUGGUUGUUCCAUAAUUUCUGGGGAACCUGAAGCGUCGAAUCCUUGCCGUGUCGCGAGUAGAACCAAAGAGGUGGAUAUUGCUCUUUCAUCCCUUGCUGAGACGGAUUUUGUGGGCCUCUUUCGACUGGGGGAGCUGGAUUAA